AUUUUAUACAGACAAGGUCUUUACUGGGUGUAUUUGAAGAAGAUGCUACAGCUAUUUCCAACUAUAUGAACCAGUUGUAUCAAGCUAUGCAUCGGAUUUAUGAUGCACAGAAUGAAUUGAGUGCAGCAACACACCUGACUUCAAAACUCUUAAAAGAAUAUGAAAAACAGCGUUUUCCACUGGGGGGUGAUGAUGAAGUUAUGAGCUCAACUUUGCAACAGUUUUCAAAAGUUAUAGAUGAGCUUAGCUCUUGUCAUGCAGUACUUUCAACACAGCUUGCUGAUGCCAUGAUGUUCCCCAUUACGCAGUUUAAAGAAAGAGAUCUGAAAGAAAUACUGACGUUAAAGGAGGUGUUUCAGAUUGCUAGUAAUGAUCAUGAUGCUGCAAUUAACAGAUAUAGCCGAUUGUCAAAAAAAAGAGAAAAUGAUAAGGUAAAGUAUGAAGUAACAGAAGAUGUCUACACAUCCAGAAAAAAACAACACCAGACCAUGAUGCAUUAUUUUUGUGCAUUAAAUACUCUUCAGUACAAAAAGAAAAUAGCAUUGUUAGAGCCUCUACUUGGGUACAUGCAAGCUCAGAUAAGUUUCUUUAAGAUGGGUUCCGAAAAUCUCAGUGAACAGCUGGAAGAAUUCCUGGCUAAUAUUGGAACAAGUGUACAGAACGUUCGCAGAGAAAUGGACAAUGAUGUAGAGACCAUGCAGCAGACAAUAGAGGAUUUGGAAGUAGCCAGUGACCCCUUAUAUGUGCCUGACCCAGAUCCCACAAAAUUUCCUGUUAAUCGAAACUUAACCCGGAAAGCUGGAUAUCUUAAUGCUAGGAAUAAAACAGGCUUGGUGUCAUCUACCUGGGACAGACAGUUUUACUUCACGCAGGGCGGAAACUUAAUGAGUCAGGCACGCGGGGAUGUAGCAGGAGGCCUGGCCAUGGACAUAGACAACUGUUCAGUAAUGGCUGUGGACUGUGAAGACAGGCGGUACUGUUUUCAGAUCACUUCCUUUGAUGGAAAAAAAUCUUCAAUUUUGCAAGCAGAAAGUAAAAAAGACCACGAAGAGUGGAUCUGUACAAUAAAUAACAUAUCCAAACAAAUAUAUUUAAGUGAAAACCCAGAGGAAAUUGCUGCAAGAGUAAAUCAGUCCGCUUUGGAAGCCGUCACCCCUUCCCCAUCUUUCCAGCAGAGGCAUGAGAGUCUGCGCCCAGCGGGACAAUCUCGGCCACCGACAGCUCGAACCAGCAGCUCAGGAUCCUUAGGAUCUGAGUCCACAAAUCUGGCUGCCCUCUCUCUAGAUUCUCUCGUCGCCCCAGACACUCCGAUACAGUUUGACAUCAUUUCUCCUGUGUGUGAAGACCAGCCCGGCCAGGCAAAAGCCUUUGGCCAGGGAGGCAGGCGCACUAAUCCAUUUGGAGAAUCUGGAGGAGGUACAAAAUCUGAAACUGAAGAUUCUAUUCUUCAUCAGUUAUUUAUUGUCCGAUUCCUUGGUUCUAUGGAGGUGAAAUCAGAUGACAAUCCAGAUGUUGUUUAUGAAACAAUGCGGCAAAUUUUAGCUGCUCGGGCCAUCCAUAACAUCUUCCGUAUGACAGAAUCACACUUACUAGUCACUUGUGAUUGUUUAAAGUUAAUUGAUCCACAGACACAAGUUACAAGACUCACGUUUCCAUUACCCAGUGUAGUUUUGUGUGCUACACACCAGGAAAAUAAGAGGCUUUUUGGCUUUGUUCUUCGGACAUCUGGAGGCAGAAGUGAAAGUAAUCUGUCAUCAGUCUGCUAUAUAUUUGAAUCAAACAAUGAAGGGGAAAAGAUUUGUGAUUCUGUUGGACUGGCAAAACAGAUAGCUUUGCAUGCAGAACUGGAUCGUAGGGCAUCGGAAAAACAAAAGGAAAUAGAGAGGGUAAAAGAGAAACAACAGAAAGAACUCAGUAAACAAAAGCAAAUCGAAAAGGUAUGUAGUCCUCGUAUCUAGAUCUUUUUUGAUGUG